AUGUCCGGAAUGACCACCCUCUUCUCUCUAGACGAAGAAGUGCGGCUGUACACCACCAACGCCGAGCGCGAGAAAUAUGGUCUGCUAGCGACGCUGUUUGGCAUAGUCAUCUCGCUAGACUACCUUGAGCGUGCGUAUGUGCGCGAUUCCGUGACCGCGGCCGAGUACUCUCCUGCGUGUACGCGGCUGCUAUCUCAGUACAAGACUAUGCUGAAGCUCGUAGGCGAUACGGUACCUUCCAUUGAGGAGUUUAUGACCAAGUAUCGGAUGGAUCACCCUGCAGCGUUGCACAGACUUAAAGUCGGUGUUCCGGCGACUGUUGAGCAUUCGAGCGAGGCUGGGCCUGAGACAGGCAAAUGGGUCGCUGAAACGACGCAGAGCUUCAUCACGUUCAUGGACGCGCUGAAGCUGCGCAUGCGUGCGAAAGAUCAGUUGCAUCCUAUUCUGCAGGAGCUAGUCACUGGGUACGCGCGGUUUAAAGGGAGUAAGGAUUGGGAAGGAAGGAGCAAGAUGGUCAGCUGGCUUAUCACGCUAAAUGGUAUGAAGGCAUCGGAGGAAAUCACGGAAGAGCAGUCGAGACAGUUGCUGUUCGACAUCGAGCAUGCAUAUGCCGAAUUCUUCCGCAGUCUGAGCAGUAAAGAAGACGUGCCAUGA